CUGUGGACUUCUUUAACCAGAUCAACAUGCUCUAUGGCACUAUCACGGCUCACUGUACAACAGAGUCAUGCCCUGUCAUGAGUGCUGGACCAAAGUACGAGUAUCACUGGGCCGAUGGUACGACCGUCAAGAAGCCCAUCAAGUGCUCAGCACCCAAGUAUAUCGACUAUCUCAUGACCUGGGUACAAGAACAACUAGACGAUGAGAACAUCUUCCCCUCAAAGAUUGGGCUUUGGCAACGUGGGGCUCCACUCUUGUCGCUACCUCCACAGAGAGGGGGCUAAGUGUGUGGGCGUGAUGGAGAGGGAUGUGUCCAUCGUUAACAGGGAAGACGGUAUCGACGCGAAAGAAUUGGAAGAUUACAAAUUAAAUAACGGAGGCUCAAUCAAAGGAUUUCCAGGGGCACAAGAAACGACUGAGAACUUACUGACAGCAGAGUGUGAUAUUCUGAUACCAGCUGCCGGAGAGAAGCAGAUUACGGCAGAAAUAGCUGAGCAAAUACAAGCCAAGGUGGUGGCAGAAGGUGCCAAUGGUCCCACUACUAUUGCUGCUGAGAAGAUUCUGAUGGAUCGCAACAUUAUGGUCAUCCCUGACCUGUUUGCAAAUGCUGGAGGAGUGACUGUGUCCUAUUUUGAGUGGCUCAAUCAUUUACUAGACAGUGUCCAGCGUAGUCUAGAGGCCAAGUUCUCUGGAGGUCGUGCUGGGUCUAUCCCCAUCACAGCCACCCCUGCAUUCAGUGCUCGCAUUGCUGGAGCUAGUGAGAAGGACAUCGUCAACUCUGGUCUAGAAUACACCAUGGAGAGAUCUGCCAAGCAAAUCAUGCGAGCUGUUCGUGAGUACAACCUUGGUCUGGACCUGAGGACCGCUGCUUAUGUGUGUGCACUGCAGAAGAUCUACACAGUCUACCUAGCGGCUGGCAUCACCUUGUAGCAUAGAGAACACCUGAUAGUGAACAUUGUACCUUCCUACCUGCUAGCUUAUUUUUUGGUAUGUCUGUGGCUUUAAUUUUAAACACUACAUUGUACAUGUAUGAUUGUAGUUUACAGUAACUUGG